CUUGAAAGUGUGUGAGUAGAGAGAGAGAGAGGAACACACACAUACAGUCGCACGGCGAAAGAGAGAGAGAGAGAGAGAGCGAGCGUCUAUAUGUGUGUGUGUGUGUGUGCGUGUGUGUGUGUCGCGCGCGCCAAAGGUUGAAGGAUCGCUCGUAUCCCUCGUCUUCUUUGGACGGCAUUGUGGGACUCUUUUAUGUUGUUGUUGUCCAGAGAGACGGACCUUUACUCCAGCAUGCUCACUGAGCCUGAGCUACCUCAGGAGUGUAACAGGAUGUCUUCCAAGCGACCAGCCUCUCCAUAUGGGGGGACAGAUGGAGAUGUAACCAUAGCAACCAGCAGACAGCGAAUGGAGGAUGAGGAGAGCGAGGGACUGGCUGGCGUCAUCCAUCUCCCCCUGGUCUCCUACUGCAGCAAGGUGUCCCCCCGCUCGCCCCCUUUCCGCAGCUUGGACAGCCCCCCCGGCCACACGGAUCUGGAAGGCUCCAAGGGCAACUCCCUGAGCCCUUACACCCAGCACAGCGCUACCUCACCGGGCAAGGAGGAGGGCGGCGGGGGUCGACCCUGCAGCGAGGGGGGCGCCACCACGGGCACGCCGGAGAGACGCAAGGGCAGCCUGGCGGACGUGGUGGACUCACUGAAGCAGCGCAAGAUGGAGGAGCUGAUCAAGAAUGAGCCGGAAGAAGCGCCCAGCAUUGAGCGGCUGCUGUCAAAGGACUGGAAGGACAAACUUUUGGCCAUGGGCUCAGGGCACAUUGGCGACAUUAAAGGUACCCCGGACAGCCUGGCGGAGAAGGAGCGGCAGCUGAUGGGCAUGAUCGGCCAGCUGAGCAGCCUGAGGGAGCAGCUCCUGGCGGCCCACGAGGAGCAGAAGAAGCUGGCCGCCUCGCAGAUGGAGAAGCAGAGGCAGCAGAUGGAGCUGGCCAAACAGCAGCAGGACCAGAUCGCCAGACAACAGCAGCAGCUCCUUCAGCAGCAGCACAAGAUCAACCUCCUGCAGCAACAGAUCCAGCAGGUCCAGGGCCAACUCCCGCCGCUGAUGAUUCCCGUCUUUCCUCCGGACCAGAGGACCCUGGCGGCGGCGGCGGCCCAGCAGGGCUUCCUGAUGCCCCCCGGCUUCAACUACAAGCCUGGCUGCAGUGACCCCUACCCACUCCAGCUCAUACCCACAACAAUGGCUGCCACCACGCCAGGCCUGGGACCCCUUCAGCUCCAGCAGUUGUACGCCGCUCAGCUGGCCGCCAUGCAGGUGUCCCCCGGGGCCAAGCAGCAUGUGGCGUCCACACACUCCCCGCCCAGCAACACACACUCUCAGGGCGACAAGGGGCGGAGCUCCCCGCUGACCAACAAGACCAAGGACAGUGAGGGUGCACAGCCUCUGAACCUGUCGGCCAAGCCUAAGGCAUCCGAGAGCAAGUCACCCAACUCCCCCCCAACUUCCCCACAGGUCCCCGCUGCUGCCGCCGCCAAGCUGGGCCCCCUGAAGCACAGUGUGGCCCCCUCCAGCAUCGGAGGACCCCCGGCCAGAGUCACCUCAAUAGCAGACUUGCUGUCCUCGCUGUCGUCGGGGGUCUACCUCAACGACCACGAGGCCGUGACCAAGGCCUUCGCCGAGGCCCGCCAGAUGAAGGAGCAGCUGAAGAGGGAGCAGCAGGUGCUGGACGCCAAGGUGGCCGCCGUCAGCAGCCUGGCGCUCAACAACGGACGCUCCGACAAGGACAAGGCCGCCUUGGAGAGUCUGAGUCAACAGCUGAAGCAGCAGGCCGAGGAUAAGUUCAGCCACGCCAUGCUGGACUUCACCAUGAGCGGCGACUCUGACGGUUCUCCCAGCGUGUCCGACUCCAGGAUAUUCCGAGAGGCGCGAGGUCGCGGCAGCAGUGAGCCGCACAUCAAGAGGCCCAUGAACGCCUUCAUGGUUUGGGCCAAGGAUGAACGCAGGAAGAUUCUGCAGGCCUUCCCCGACAUGCACAACUCCAACAUCAGCAAGAUCCUGGGCUCUCGCUGGAAAGCCAUGACCAACCUGGAGAAGCAGCCGUACUACGAGGAGCAGGCCCGCCUCAGCAAGCAGCACCUGGAGAAGUACCCCGACUACAAGUACAAGCCAAGGCCCAAACGCACCUGCCUGGUGGACGGCAAGAAGCUGCGCAUCGGCGAGUACAAGGCCAUCAUGCGCUCCCGCAGACAGGAGAUGAGGCAAUACUUCAGUGUGGGGCAACAGAGUCAGCUGCCCUUGUCGUCGGGGGGCGUGGUCUACCCGGGCGCCCUCUCCAUGGCGGGCAUGCCCUCGCCCCAGAUGCCCUCCGAGCACUCCAGCAUGUCCAGCAGUCCCGAGCCCAACGCCAACCACCACCACCACCCCCACCACCACCACCACCAGACGCCCGCCCACAUGGGCGCCCUGAAGGGGGAGGAGCCACGCAUCAAGCAGGAGGAGCUGCGGCUGGACGACAGCAACGGCGACGCCUACGACGACUUCGAGUACGAGGACGAGGAGGCCGACUAUGCCAGCGACAACGACAACCACAUCGCCCAAUAGGGUCCCUUUAAGCCCCUCCCACCAGCACCCGGCCAAUGGGCAGGAGCGUCACUGACUGCUACACGGCGCUCGCUCGCACGACUGCCAGACGGACAGAAAUAUUUGUGGACCUGUCGCAGGCCAACAGAUGACACUUUAAAGAUGGCGGACCUUUUUUUCUCAACCAGAAACACUUUUUAAAAGAAGAGAAAAAAACAGCUUUUUUGUUGGCUUCUGGGUUCUCGAAUAUCUCACUCAGGUACACGGUGCCAAUAAGUGGCUUGUGAAUGUGAUUUUGUUCUUGUGUUGGAAUAAUAAUAAUAAUUACCCCGCUUUAUUUUCAGCCACUGAAAAUACCCCCCCACCCCCCCUCAAAAUCCAGGGACUUUUUUUCAAUGUUAUUUUAUUUCUUUGUAGAAUUGAGUGUAAUAAGAAGAGCACUGUGUUGUUGCGAGACAAUCCACUUUUCAUCUCGCUCCGUCCUUCCAUGCAGUGCAACAUCCCCCUGUGUGUGUGAGUGUGUGUGUGUGUGUGUGUGCGUGUGUGCGCGUGCGGGGAAGACCAGGAACUGCUGCUU